AUGUUGAUAUUCUCAGUCUUCAAGACUCUAACCGGACAAGAAGUGACGAUUGAACUCAAGAACGAUUUGGCCAUUCAAGGCACUUUAGCUAGCGUGGAUCAAUUCCUCAACCUCAAACUUGAAAAUAUAAAAGUUCUCGAUCAAGAGCGACAUCCUCACAUGAUGGCGGUGAAGAACUGUUUCAUUAGGGGCUCGGUGGUCAGAUACGUCCAAAUCCCAAAAGCUGCCGUAGACACUCAACUACUGGAAGACGCAACCCGUAAAGAAGCAGCGAAUACAGCCAAACGGUAA